AUGGAACUUUGUUCAAUUUUGUGUGUCCUUAUUAUCAUCAUUUUGCUAUUUUAUUGCUUUUUUGAGCUUCACUAUUUUCUUCGGAUGAUAUUGACACUUGCUCUCGCCCGAUUGACUAAGAAGAAGGCUCACAUUAUGGAUUUGACUACAAUAAAUAGUAUUUGUCUUACAAAUGAUAUAGACACACUUAUAACCCAUAUGAAUAAUAGUCGUUAUUUACGUGAGCUGGACUUUGCACGUGUUGACUUUUAUGAAAGAACUGCACUUUACAAGACUAUUCGGAAUAAAGGUGGUGGAAUUGUUCAAGGAUCAACGACAAUCCGUUAUCGUAGAUUUAUCAAACCCUUCUCAAUCUUUCAAAUCACAACGAAAAUUGUGUACUGGGAUGAUCAAAGUAUUUUCAUCGAGCAUCGAUUUAUCGGCAAAGAUGAGUUUAUUCAUGCUAUAGCAAUAUGUAAGCAGAGAUUAAUUAAUUGUUCGGCGGAGGAUAUUAUGGAUGUUAUGUUAUCUGAGACGCCUACUCAUGCAGACUCUACUGAAAAGCUUGAAAAUGGUGAUUUGGUCAGGUAUAAACCUGAUAUGCCUUUAGAAAUAUUGAAAUGGAACGAAUCUAAUGAAAUUUCUAGCGCAAAUUUGCGGAAAAUUUAA